AUUUACGUACGUUUCUGGAUGUGCAUGCGUUGUUUGAAGGACCAACUACGUCCAUAAUUUCGAACGAUUACUCCGACAAAUUACGAAACGCCUUUUUCGUUUGCGGAAAACAAACAGGAAUAAUUGAUUCAUUUACCUGUGGUUGUGCUGCCAAAUUGUAAUGGUACCUAUGAUCUUAAAUUAAACUAGUUCGAAAUGGAAGACGACGCACCUGUUAUUUAUGGUCUUGAGUUUCAGGCCCGGGCGCUGACAGCACAGACAGCUGAGACAGAUGCCAUAAGAUUCCUCGUGGGCACACAGUCACUCAAAUUUGACAAUCAGAUCCACAUCAUUGACUUUGAUGAUGAGAAUAACAUCAUUAAUAAGAGCGUCCUCGUGCACCCUGCCGGGGAGAUAUGGCACAUCAGCGCCAGUCCUGCCGACAAAAGUGUGCUGACGACGUGCUACAACAAGACCAGCGAGAGCCGGGUGGUAACGUGUGCAGCCGUGUGGAGGAUGCCCCCGGAAUGGGAAUCAGGCAGCCAUGAGUCCCCCGACGAUUCAUCAAACAACCCACAGACCCUGGAGCUCCUCUGUCACCUUGACAACACAGCCCACGGCAACAUGGCCUGUGUGUUAUGGGAGCCCAUGGGCGACGGCAGUCGUGUGAUCUCUCUGGCCGAUAACCACGCGGUGCUGUGGGACCUUCAGGAGAGCUCCACCAAAGCCGCGGUUUCCAGCAGUGCCACCCUGGAGGGGAAAGGGCAGCUGAAGUUCACUUCGGGCAAGUGGAGCCCGCACCACAACUGCACCCAGCUGGCCACGGCCAACGACACGGCCAUCCGCGGCUGGGAUCUGCGGAGCAUGAGUCAGAUCUACUGUAUUGAGAAUGCCCACGGGCAGCUGGUGCGAGACCUGGACUUCAAUCCCAACAAGCAGUACUAUCUAGCCAGCUGUGGGGACGACUGUAAGGUCAAGUUCUGGGACGUGAGGAAUGUCAACGAACCAGUGAAGAGCCUGGAAGAGCACUCACACUGGGUGUGGAGCGUCAGGUACAACCACUCCCACGACCAGCUGCUACUGACGGGCAGCAGCGACAGCCGGGUCAUCCUGUCCAACAUGGUGUCCAUCUCCUCCGAGCCCUUCGGCCACCUGGUGGACGACGAUGACCUCAGCGACGGCGAGGACGGCCACCAGGAGGAAAAGAGCAGGGAGCCGCUACAGGACAGCAUCAUCGCCACAUAUGAGGAGCAUGAGGACAGCGUGUACGCGCUGGAGUGGUCGUCUGCCGACCCCUGGCUCUUCGCCUCGCUCAGCUACGACGGACGCCUGGUCAUCAACAGGGUCCCCCGGGCCCUCAAGUACCGCAUCCUGCUGUAAUGGGAGAGAGGGAGAGGGGGAGAGAGAAAGAGAGAGGGGGGAGAGAGAGAGAGAGAGAAGGAGAUGGGGGGGGGAGAAAGAGGGAGGGAGAGAGAGAGAGAGGGAGAUGGGAGUAAGAGUAAAAGAUGAAGAGCAAAUGAGUUUGUUUAAGUGGGAGGGAGGGAUGGAGGGUAUGUCUCUGCGACAGAAAAACACUGCAGACUAGAAAGACAACCGAGACAAAGAAGAUGGAAGAGUGUUGUAGUGAGGGAGAGGGAAAGGAGGAGAACAGAGGGAGAGACACACACACACACACACACACACACACACAAAGACAUUAUUAACAGCACCAAUUAAAGCAGCUUUGGCGCAGCCGCCUGUGUUGCCCGGGAGGCUGUUUGAAGAGCAGUACAGAGAGGGUGUGAGACUGGGGGGGGGGGGGUGCAGGGCUGGACAGGCUGGGUGGACCGUGUCUGUCUUUGAAAGUCCCUAUAUAUGCUCUGAACCUGAACGCACCCUAAUGCCUUUUACACACAUAUACACACACACACACACACACACACACACACACACACACACACACACACACACACACACACACACACAUCAUCCCGAGGCCCCUGCAACGCACCACCAGAGCCCCACUGCUGAGAACAAAACCCAACCAUGGAGAAAGCACUACCAGCCCGCCAGGGGCCUCCAUCAUACCUCCCACCCCCCACACACACACACACACACACACACACACACCUACCCUUUUUCUGACAUCAAGCUAGCGUUAGCCUCACUGGCCUCCCUGUUUCUCUCUAUUAACUCUCCUCACAAGGGCUGCGUGUGCUGGUGGGGCUGACUUCAAAAGCCCAACAGAAAAAAGCACCUGAAAGCCUAUAAUGUGUACACAUAAGCCCAUACCCAGCCCCACAUAAAUUAUACAUGUUCAGUGUAGAGCCUCUGAGCCCCCGAAACAUACUGUAAACACACCGAGCUCAUGAAUAGGGAUAUCAAAAGUACACCGUCUUACCUCAAGUCAUGGGUCAGGUAUCACUCAGAAAGCGGUGAGAAGCACAUUCUCUCUAUGUGUCAGGCAGAGAUGGCUCUAUUAUUUUAUUCAGAACUGAAUGUAUGUAUGGCAUACCAACAACAUGCGCAGUCAGAUAUAUGAUUGGAGCCCCAUAAUGCUGUAUAUUUCUAUAUGGACAUGCAAUGUUACCAAUGAAGCCCAAAAUGGCAACUAAUUAUGUGUACAUUCCAAAUAAAAUUAUAAAUUAAUAUGAAGCUAUUAAGUCUGAAAAUAAAUGCUUUGUCUUUUUAA